UGUUGUGUGUGAGAGAGAGUGAGUGUAUGUGAAACCCAGCGAUUCCCGGCUCGGCUCGUUUUGCUUUUUGCUAUUAGGGAUCUAUGGAGUGCACAUAACCAUAACCCUCCUUCGGAUCGGGGACACCUCAGCGGGGGCAAAAAUGUGGGCAAUUGGGAAGUGGAAACCAAGACAACCCUGAGUCUACUGUAACAGCGUUUCUUACUGCCCCAGACGUCUGAGAAGAUCAGACCCCACUCCGGCACUCUUGGGCCGUUGGCAAUAAGAUGUCCCUAAGUAGUGGCACUGCAGGCGGGAAAGGUGUGGACUCGAAUGCGGUGGACACUUACGACAGCGGCGAUGAAUGGGACAUUGGAGUUGGCAAUCUGAUCAUCGACCUCGACGCCGAUCUAGAAAAGGACAAGCUUGAGAUGUCUGCCACUAAGGACGGGGGUGGAAUGGCUGCGCCCCCCAGUGCAGUAGCUGCUUUGCCAGACAAUAUAAAAUUUGUAAGCCCUGUUCCUGCUCAGGGCAAGGAUGGUAAAUCUAAGUCUAAGCGUAACAAAAACUCAAAGGAUGCUAGUAAGUCUUCAGCUCCUGAUGGGGGCAAGAAAGAGUCGCAGGCGCGGACCCCGAGCGAGGGGACGGGCCCUGCUGCGGGCGCGGCUACGGGAGCAUUAUCCAGCGCUGGCAAAGGUGCAGACAAAAACACCAAGACCCCCCGCAAUGUUCCUAGUGGAAAGAAGGACAAAGAUGGAGGAACUGGGAAAAAUAAGAAGGACAAAACUGAAGGAGUAGCAACGGGAAACGCGACUACAGAAAAGGACGCAGCAGCUCCGGUUUUAACCUUAGGAUCAUCUCGCAAUACCCCGUUUGAAGGAAGGCAAAACUCGGACCUAACUUGUGCUGAACAAAUUGGGAAUAUUGCCAUCGAUGCUGCUGGAAUAGUUCCUUCUUUGACUAUUAAAAGUGAACCCGAAGAGAUGGAGAACACUGAUUGUAGGAACUUGAAGAAAGUGAAAAGUGAAAAGAUGGAUUCCCCCGUGUCAACGCCGGCCCCUCCACCUCUUCAUCUCCUCGCUCCGGUUGGCAGCACAGACAUCUCCUCUCCAUGUGAACAGAUCAUGGUCCGCACGCGCUCGGUCGCCGUCAACACAUCCGACGUGGCUCUUGCCACAGAGCCGGAGUGUCUGGGCCCCUGCGAGCCUGGCACCAGUGUCAACCUGGAAGGCAUUGUGUGGCAGGAAACAGAAGACGGUAUGCUGGUAGUAAAUGUCACCUGGAGAAAUAAAACCUAUGUGGGCACUCUUCUCGACUGUACCAGGCAUGACUGGGCUCCUCCAAGAUUCUGUGAAUCACCCACAAGUGAUAUGGAGAUAAAAAAUGGGCGAGGCAGAGGGAAAAGGAUGAGACCGAAUAGCAACACUCCAAUAAAUGAGAAUAGCAACUCCUCCGACAACAAAGGGAGCAACAGCAGCAAGACACGUGCAGCAUCCAACAACAAAGGACGACGGGGCAGUCAGAACUCCUCAGAGCGUCGUACACCACCCAAUAGUAAUACUGAGGACAUCAAGGCUAGCCCAUCAUCAAUAAACAAACGCAAGAGCAAGCCUGCCUCGGACAUGGAGCCAAACUCUAGCUCGGAGGACACCAAAGGUAGCAAACGUAUGCGCACCAGCUCAAACAGUGGAGUGCCUCAUGCAGUCCUCCCCAUCCCCAUCAUCAAAGCAGAGCCCCUGCCCCCUUCUCUAGAUCGUGGCUGCCCCUCCCCAGUGCUCAUUGACUGCCCCCAUCCCAACUGCAACAAGAAAUACAAGCACAUAAAUGGCCUAAAGUACCACCAGGCCCGUGCUCACACUGAAGAUGAUAUCAAACUGGAAAUGGAUGGGGACAGUGAAUACGGGGAGGAUUCUACUUUGCAUCCAGAGCCAGGAAAUUGCAAUGGAGCUUCUAUUUCUCAGAAAGGCUGUGUGUCGCCAGCUCGAUCAGUUACCCCAAAAGGCAGAGGGUUUGAUGCUCAGAGCCCUUCACCUUCCUCAGGCAAAUAUGCCUCCAAACAGUCCAGCAAAAAGAAGGCUGAGGCUGACCAUGAUUCUGGAGUGCAUUUAGAUGGCUGUGAAGAUGGCCCGUGUCUGACAGACGAGGCUAGCAAUGAUGGCGUCGAUGAUAAGAAAAGUUUAGACAAGGCUAAGAAAUCUGGCAAUGGUUCCAAAGCAGACAAGUUGUCUCAGAAGGCUGUAAAGUCUGCAAGACCAAUUGUACCAUCCAUACCACCACAACAGCUCUACGGAUUGCAAGCAUCAAGCUUCCCUGCACCUAACUCUAGUUCCUCUUUAAACAUAAGCAGUGUGGUACAGUCAGUUCCCAAAAGCCCACAGCUGAAAGCCAUCCAGCCUAAGCCUGUAGUAAGCGCAGACCCUUCUAUGAACCCAGCUUUAAGUGGUUCCAAGGACAAAAAGAAAAAGGACAAGAAAAAGAAGGAGGGUGCAAAAGAGGGAGAUAGUCCCAAAGCCCCUGGAAAGGGAGGGAAGUCAGAGGAAGGAAAAAGUCCGUACUCUGAAUCCUCAGACCCAGGCAGCAAGAGCGAUUGCCUCCUUAACGGUUCAACGGAUCCCCACCAGAGUCGCCUGGCCAGUAUCAAGGCUGAAGCUGAUAAAAUAUAUAGCUUUACUGAUAAUGCUCCUAGUCCAUCAAUUGGUGUAGCCAGUCGAAUAGAUAGCGGAGGUAUGCCCCAACCUCUCACCCCACUCCAUGUAGUGACCCAAAAUGGGGCAGAUAACUCCUCAGUUAAAACCAAUAGCCCAGCCUACUCUGACAUUUCAGAUGCAGGUGAAGAUGGCGAGGGCAAAGUGGAAGGUGUGAAGGUAAAGUCUGAGGAUCAGGCACCCAGAGAAGGUGCUAAAAAGGCUCUUUUUGCCCCGCAGCCUCCAAACAAAGAGUCUCCAUACUAUCCCAACUAUGAAACAUACUACUCACCCAACUAUGCCAACCCAAAUCCCAGCCCAGGCUUGUCAAAUACUAAUGUACUCUUGCAGGAUGGCGCUGUGAAGGUAAAAAAGGAAGAAGAGAUGGACAUAGCAGAGGAAAAAGGCAAACCAGAGCCGCCGGAAGAUCGCAAGACGGAUAUUAGCACACCUAGUCAACAGCAGCAACAGCCAUCUGUCAUACAGCAGCGGUCUAAUAUGUAUAUGCAGCCUCUCUACUAUAAUCAGUACGCCUAUGCCUAUGGGUAUUCACCAGACCAGGCUUAUCAUCAUUUGAUGAAUACUAAUCCAGCCUACAGGCAGCAGUGUGAGGAACGGCAGAGGCAGGCUGCUGAGCAACACAGAGUGGGAGAGAAGAAAUCCGACGUUGUUCAAAAGGACAGGGAUGUUUCUGUGAAGUCAGAGGAGUGGAAACAAAAAGCAUCAGUUCCUCCAACUUUGUCGAAAGCACCAAGCCUCUCUGACCUCGGUAAGCCAUCGCCCCAGAGCAAGCCCAAAGAUUUGACCUCUGAGCCAGCCAAAUCUGUCAUCAUCCCAAAGGCGGAAGAUGGGAAGCCACCAGCCCAGCCGCCAGAGGGACUUAAGAUGAAACUGAGUGAAGGUGGACACCAUGGAAAAGAGGAGCAGAAACCCAGUAUUGAAUCCGGAAGGCCAUCAGCCAUGGAACAAGCCAUGUACAUGUACAGACAGGAGCCUGAUUCUCGACUAUGGCCCUACGUUUACCCUAGCAAAUACCCUGAAGCACAGAAACAGCUGGACGAUGAGCGGUGGAAGGAAGAACGAGAGCGCGAGCGCGAUAGGGAUCGAGACAGAGACCGUGAACGAGAGCGAGACAGAAAAAGUAAAGAGGAAAGAUCUCGUCCGAAAGAUCCUCCUAAAGAAGAGGUCAAAGAAGUGAUUGAGCCACGGACCUCAACAGCUUCCGAGGAGCACAGAGGGAUUAGUAAAGACCCCAGAGCCCACAUGCAGUUCACUUCAGCUCUGCCUCAACACCAAUCUUAUAUGCCAUAUAUGCACGGAUACCCCUACAGCCAGGGUUACGACCCAAACCACCCAGGAUACAGGGGGAUGCCGUCUGUCAUGAUGCAGAACUACCCAGGGUCCUACCUGCCAACAGGUUACUCAUUUUCACCGUACAGCACUAAGAUUUCGCCAGGUGAAGAAAGCGAUAAAGCUCGAGCCAGUCCGACAGUAACUGGGAAAUCAGCUUCAGAUUCGAAAGCGUUGGAUAUUUUGCAUCAGCACGCAAGCCAGUACAAGAGCAAAUCGCCCACAGUGGGUGACAAAGCAUCUCAUGACAGAGAGCGAAGUGGAGGCGACAGAGAGCGGGAAGGUGACCGACCACGAUCUUCUCCUUCGCAGAGAAUAAUGCCUUCCCAUCACCACCUGGGUUACUCUCUUAUCUCUGGACAGUAUGAUUUGUCUUAUCCCCCUGCCAUCGUUGCGAGUCAGCAAGCGUCUGGCCCUUCACUUUACCCCCCUGCACGGAGGUGAGAAUGGCACAGAUGACAUCAGUAACUGAUCCUUAGAUUUUGCUCCAGCAUCUCCAGACAGUGAUUUUGGACCUCAAGCUAGCAGCCAUGUGAUGAGAUCACAUGAGGAAAGAGUGCAGACUUUAUGACAUCAGUUCAAUGGUGUUCCUGAAUUAUUAUUAUUAUUUUUUGGUUUGUUUUUUGACCCUCGUCAUUGGAGAUGGAUGAGGGGGCACGAAUACUACCCCAGCCCUAUGGCCCUCUGGAAGAGCUCGAUCCGACGUCCCCUCUGUCACACUAAUGAGGUACUCGUGAGGGACGAGACACGGCGCCUUCUGCACGGAGUCAUGUUGCGGGAGCUCUUGAGAAACCUUGAAUUUGAGGAAGGCAGGAAAAUGGACAGCGUGGAAAUGUCAUGUGACUACUUUGCUUUGUUUACCAGUCUGGGUGUUGAGGGAGAAACUUGACAGAACUGUUACUCAAGUGCCCCAAGGACACACAGAUUGACGGAUAUUUCCUUUUGUUUGCCUUUUCUGCAUUCUUUUUCUGUAAGGGUGAGAAAGAGGACAAUUUCCAUCCUCCUGGUUGUCUCUCGUCUCAUUUCUUGUCCAGACACAAACAUCGGCUGGACUCUAUGCAAGUUAUUGAUGCUCACCUUUCUCAUCCAGUUUAGAUUCAGGGGAUAUACUACAGUUCCUAUUAUGAAAGUUCGACAACUGCUUACAGAUUUUUAUUUUUUUUUUUUUUUGUAGUUUUGUUAAGACAUUUUCAACACCACUUUCACUCAAUCAGCCUGUGUCCAUCACCAAACUUUUCUUUUCAGGAGACAAGCAGACCUCUGCACACCUGUCCUUUUCCCCAUCAACUUCUUUGCAUUGAAUGCUAAACCAGCUACGAGUAGUAGCUAAUGGUUUUCCUUCAAGGGGCCCCUUCACAUUACGCAAGCGCCCAGUUUGGGACUACUGACCUUCGGCUGCUUUAGAUAGGUGCUCCAACAUGCUGCAAAGGACUCCAUGUAUAAGGGGAGACACCUAGACUGCAUUCUCUGUUAGUAGGCUGAACCGGAGUAGUGCCUUCCUUUGUGGCAGCACAACCAGCACCUCUGAGCAGCCCUGCUAGGAGGAAGGCAUGCAUACUCUUACUCUUAUAGGAGCUUCUCCACGGCACAGCUUCUCUAGCCGAGACGGUCUUACUGUGAUGAGGCGCGUGUGACAUGGGAACGACCAGAUAUUUUUCCAAACCACACAGCCUGGUCGGAAACUGUAGAACACACCCACGCUGUUGUUCACAAUGCUGCUGCUUGAGAGUCUCAUGCCAAACUGCAUGACCAGAGUGUAAGGCCUGGGAGGGGGUGGAUGGGGGGGUCUCAGUCCCCUUAUGAACGCACGAGAGGUUAAAGAGGAAGUCUGUAUAUGACGCUGGCAUCUCUGGCUAAACAGGCAACACUAGACCCACUAUGUGAGGUCCGUAGUUGGGUUGGUACUCCACACAGACAUGUCUCUGUAGAGUAACAGUGGAGUACACGUGCUUUCGCUCGUGUUCACUAUCAGAGCCGGAUUUCUUCGUGUACGCCCCAGGUCCCCUCUCUAUCCCACUCUGUCGUGUGUGUGUAUGUGUGUGUGUGUGUGUGUGUGUGUGGUGUAGUAUAGCACUAGAAAAAUAUUAACCUGCACCGAGAUGGAGGCAAGCUGUACACGUUUGCCUCACUUCCUGUUCCUUCCAACACCCCGCCCCCCUCUCUCUCUCUCUCACACGUGCACCCGCGAUGUGCUUUCUGUAUAUAUUGUACAGAGGAAUUAUUUUAAAGAGGUUGUUGGAUUUUCCUACUAUUUUUUGUUUUGUUUUGUUUUGGGUUUUUUUUUUGGUCUGUUAACCUUUUUUUUCUACUAUUGUUGAUAUAUGAAUAUGUAGCUGGUGUAACGGCUUUAUAAUUGAAGUGUUAUAUAUAAAAUUUCCAGCUUGCCCCCCUUAGCCACCACCAAUCCCAACCCUUCCCUCGCCCGCCUUUCUUCCUCGCGAUCCUACAUUUGCCAAGCAUGUCACUUUCACUUAAUGUUCAGUUUCAUUAAGGCUCUCCCUGGAUGUUAAGUAAUAUAUGAAAGCCAGCUGUGAAGUUAUAAUGUGAGACUUAGUCCAAAUUUGUGCUAGCAUAAAAAUAACUAAAUACAGGUGAGUUUUUAUUUUUGUUGUUGUUGUUGAUGGAGAUGCAACAUUACAUUUGCCCUAGUUGCCAUUUUACCCCUCCUGUCUAGUCUAGGAGGCAGGUGGUUAAUUCCUUAACAUCCCAAUGUAUUAGUCAGUUAUUCCCCUUAAAGCGUGUUAUUUAGUUACUUCGAUAUGAAUCAACAGGAAAGAUGAGUGAGGAAUGUAAAUCUGGACCUGCUGUCAAGGUUCGGGGGUUAAAUCGUUUCUACCUGUACGUCAUUACAGCAAUGCAGGUACUAUGUGUCGUGUUUCAAAAAUGCCUUUAAUAUUUAAAAAAGGUUUGUUCCACACUAAACAAAGCUUCUAUUGACUGUGUAAUUGGAUUGUCUACAUUGUCACUCAGUCCUGCCUUAAACACUAACGACAUGCAGGUUUAGAAAUGGAGCUGCUUGCAGAUUUUUCUUUUUUUUUUUUUUUUUUUUUGUAUUCAAAGAUUUUUACAAAUCAGGACGGCUUGUGUUCUGUCAGACUCGGCUGGGCUAGAUUAGACCUGAUCUGAUUGGAAUACUUUUUUUCAUCCAAACACUCUGUGAAUCAGACUAGACGUUUUAGAAGUCCUUUUAAGCUGGGGCAUGAUCCCCAUAUCUAUACCGUACCAACUGACUGAAAGCCCUGGGCUGGACCUGCAUUAGGAGAAAAAGAAGAAAGUUUGAGCAUAUGCUGGGAGAUUUUACAUAAGAAGUUGUAACUGUUUUAUCUUUGAUCAUAUUAACCAGUUAACGUGCUUGUCUGGUGAAAAAGCGCUUUGUAAUAAGUUAUUUCUGAGACAGUUUGAGUACUUGUUUACCCUGAGUGAGGCAAGUCAGUCAGUUUUGUUUUGAAACUUUGCAGAUGUUCACAUUUGUCUCAUACGGUGCUACAAUGCCUCGUCCCGCGCUGUCCUUGACGCGAGAACAAUGUGGUUUUUUUGGGGGGAGUUUUUUCCCCUGAUUUAUUUGGUCCCGACAAAUUGUCAUCCCCAUGGUUCCCCCUCCAUUUCUCAGUUAUUGGUACUUGAAAGAAAGAUGUUUACAGCUUUUGUUCAUUUCUGUGUUUGAACGCAUUUCUCUUGUAAUCCUGUCUGUCCCUCUUCCUUUUUCUCUGCGCCUCUCCCUCACUCUUUUUUUUUUUUUCUUCCCCCUGGGGUUGUCGUAUGUAAAGUGUACAUUGCCACAUGUCUUUUUUUAUACAAUAUUCUAACUUGCCUUUGUACAUUUAGGCAGAAAAUAAAUCUUUUUAUGAGACAAUCA